CUGAUCCUAGAUCAGCACUUCUACCCUGAAACACUUUGUGAACACAAUCCAGGUGUACUGUGAUUAUGAAGUUGUGAUGAGGUAUUAUUAUAUUAGUUGUGCUGAUGCAUGAUGGGUUGUAGGCUAGAGCUUGAGGACUCAACUCUGAAGACUGUUUCUGAAUUCACUGACCUGACAUAAAACUUGUAGACCUUUCCUGCAGUCUCUGGGGAGAUGGACAGCUCUUCUUCUUCUGGAAGAUCUCCGUCUCCUACUGGGACUGUCUUCUUACCCCCUCCUAUCAUAUGGAACAGUCUCUACAAGCAGGCAGAGAUGGAGGUUCACUUCCCGAGAGAAGAGAAGAAGACCUAUACAGAGAAGGAAGCCCACAUGCUUGAGUUGAUGGGGAAGGAUCGAACGAUCCGAAACCAGAAGAAGGAGAUGGACAGACUUCAAGUGUGCCUCUGGGAGGAGGAAAAGAAGAAGAGGAAUGGUGGAACGGAGAAGGACAAGAUCAUUGAAGAAUUACAGUCUGAGACAGACCAUCUCCGAGCCCUUUUAAAAGAUGAAAGGAGGAGAAGAAGAGUUGAAAGGGGUUUAAUGAAAGAGUGGAAGGCUGAGAUCCUGAGACUGAGGGAGGCAGAGAGCCAGAGGGAGGCAGAGAGCCAGAGAGAGAUGAAUUGA